AUGGAGAGAAAUGAUUUUAGAAUAAUUAAAUUUGAUUGGGAGAAUUUAAUUAAUGCUAUGAGUGGCACGUCGAUUGACACCUUUGGGAAAGUACAGUUUCAUUCAGGUGAAAUUAGUUCAUGUCAGCUUUUAGAGACUCAAAUAUUUAAGCUUGUCAUUACCAAUGGAAACGGUUACGGUUGA